GACAAUGUUUAGGAAAAUAUGAAGCUUCUUCUAUUUAUAGAGUCCUUAUCUCCAAUCAAACUGAGACUGCAGCGCUGUCCAACCAGCUGUGUGUGCAGAGGAGGAAGUUUGCUUUCAUUUUCUUACAAUAGAGGCGAGGAAGUGAUUUGCAGUCAGUGGAGGUGCUCGGCCGCUUCUGCAGUUAGAAAAAAGUUCGGUUUGGGUGUUUGAAGGGGAGCUGAUGGAGUUUUCUGAGCACAUCAAGACGGCCAAUGUGGAGGAUGUUGUGCUCCGACAGCCGCUGCAGCCCCCGAGCAGAGGAACCCUGUGCAUCACCGGCCACCACCUGCUCUUCUCGGACAGGGAGGAGAGCAACUCUCGGCAGGUUUUAUUGCUCCUCAGGAACAUCGAUGCCAUUGAGAAAAGUGUGGAAAACCUUAUGGGCUAUUCGGGCUUCUUCUCUAAUGCAGGCCACAGUGAAAGGAUGUCUGGAUCAUCAGGAACAAUUACGAUGAAGUGUAAAGAUCUGCGUGUGCUCCAGCUUGACAUCCCAGGCAUGGAACAGUGUCUCAACAUUGCACACUCUAUCGAGACCCUGUCCUGUCUGGACUGCGUGUCGGAGAUGUAUCCUUUCUUUUACCGACCGCCUGACCUCAGCCUGCAGGACCAGUGGGGUCUGUCAUCUCCUGAAAUGCACUACAAUCAGAUGAAGGAGCUCCAUGAGAAGUGGAGACUGAGCUCCGUGAACAGAGAUUACUCGGUGUGUCCCUCCUACCCUCUGGAAGUCAUCGUCCCAAAAAGCAUAGAUGACGACACGCUGAAAAAAGCCGCCAAAUUCAGACAGGGGGGACGCUUCCCUGUUCUCUGCUACUACCACAAGAAGAAUGGCAUGGUAAUCAUGCGCAGCAGUCAGCCGCUCCCAGGAGCCAAUAAGAAGCGCUGCAAGGAAGACGAGCUGCUCCUCCAGGCUGUGAUCGAGGACUCGGACAAAGGCUACAUAAUUGACACUCGCUCCAUGCAGCAGGCUCAACAGGCCAGGAUGAUGGGUGGAGGGUUCGAGUCUAAAUCCUUCUACAACCGCUGGAAGAGACUUCACAGACAGAUGGAAAGAGGGAAAGCACUCCAGGAGAGCCUAAUUAAACUGGUGGAGGCUUGUGGUGAUGAGUCCAACAACAUGGACCGCUGGCUCAGUAAGCUCGAGAAUUCAAAGUGGCUGUCGCACAUCCAGACUGCUCUGUCGACUGCUGGCCUGCUGGCAGAGUGUGUGGAGAGGGAUGGCCAUUCUGUUCUUGUUCACGGCUCUGAAGGGACAGACUGUUCCUUGCUCAUCAGCACUCUGGCUCAGCUCAUCAUGGACCCGUGCUGCCGCACACUGGAGGGCUUCCUGGCGCUGCUGGAGAGAGAGUGGAUACAGGCAGGACACCCAUGCCAGCAGCGAUAUGCUCACUCGGCCUACUCCCAUGCCCGUCUCCAGCAGGAGUCUCCGGUCUUCCUGCUGCUGCUGGACUGUGUGUGGCAGCUGUGGCGGCAGUUCCCCCUGGCUCUGGGCUUCUCUGAGGCGCUGCUCCUGCGACUGGCAACCGAGGUUUAUGCCUCGGACUAUGGCACCUUUCUGUGUAACAGUGAUCAGGAAAGGUGUGCCCUGGGAGUAAAGGGAAAGACUCACUGUUUGUUCCAGGCUCUGCUAAAGCCCACAGAGAGGGAUUACUACUCUAACCCCUUGUAUGAACGCACCGAGCUGGCAAUCUGGCCCUCAGUUCACCCUCAGUCCCUGCAGCUGUGGAGAGGCUAUUUUCUGAGGUGGACCCAGCAGGUUCGUCACCUUGAAGAGGCUCAGGAGGAAAUAAGGAACAUGGUCAUAGAGUGGGGGAAGCUAGCACGCAGUUGAUGCCUCUUUAGUGUGUAUGAAGUGUGAUCACAUGGUUCCAAGGCUAAAAAUAAAAUACCUGAUUUUGAUUUGCCUCCUGUGCACAUCUGGACUGCACAUCCGGAGACCAUUUUCAUUCCAUCAUUCCCUGGAAUUCUGAUCACUUUCACCAUGGACCUAAAACAUCUGUGUCAGUAUGAUCCAACUUUCACCAUCACUGGUGAAGGGGCUGGGACCCAGACAAACCGUAUCCAUCAGUGGCAGACUCUGCAGCAUCCAAGUCAGGUGAGGAGCGCGACCAGGAAAAUGCUCGAGGCUGAGCACCAUGAGCUUAUCACCUGGUGGAUGAGUUACUGUUUGUGGAGAUUACUGCACACUGUGGAUUGUGCCAUCGUCCCCUGGCACAGAGUGCACUGAAAAAGCAAUCUUCAGUCACUGCCCACCCUGCGUCUUCCUCUUCAAAGUGAAAGUCAGGGUCACACAUUGCAGACACAGAAGUGCAGGAGACUUUCAGGAGUAUGGUUAGAUAGCACAUUUCUGCCAUUCAGCUGUUUACCCCGGUGUCUCUGUCUUUUGGAAGACAUGUCUUUACAAGUCUUCCAAAAGACAGUAAAGCGUGAAAUAUAGCAGCAUCAAGCAGCAUAUACAAUGUAGGAAACCUCCUGUGAAGCAGAAGUAGCAGAGACUGAAUGCUGUGCUUAUUCCUCAGUCAGACUCAGGGCAGAGUAAGAGAACAAAUAAAGAUAACCGCUGUUCUCAGGGCUGUAUAUUUAGGCAGGAUCUCAAAAAAGUGGCGGUCCGCAGGUGACACAUCUCUGAAAGAAAAAUCAGCCAUAUUUAAAUCAGGUGUGUGUGUGUGUGUGUGGGGAGGGGGGUAUUUUAUUUUUAAGAGCAGAGUUCCAGAAGAUGGUUAACCUGAACAUGUUUCAGAGAUGGAUGUUAACAAUGUGCA